AUGGCUUUACGCGGCGAAUUGGGAUUUUUGGGCAAUCUCGACGGAUGCAGGGAUGAUGGAGAGUUGAAACGGCCUGUUUCUGAGUCGGAGGAAUGGGAGAAGUGGAAAGAGGCGACGAGGAAUGGAGGGGUGGGGCUGCGAGUGAAGACUUCAGUCAGUCGAACGCAUUCUCGAACAACAUCCCCAACCCAGGGCGAGUCUAAGACUGAGUCUUCGAUGGCUGCCGAAACUGCGGACGGGCAGAUUACGAAGAGUGACUCAAAGCUGACGCCCCCUCCUUCCAACGGUAGUCUUCCACCGUCGAAUACACUGGCUACAAGUACAGAGAUGGCACAGAGCGAGGAUUCUCCCCCCAGUUCCGAUAAGCGCUCACAUCUCCGAAUAUCAACGUCUCAGAAUCGCGAUGGGCUACAGAAUCCCAAACGACGCGACUCGUCCGAUGCACCUGUGUCCCCUGGAAAAUCCAAAGGGAAGCGGAAUUGGUUCAAGAUGCUAUCGCCCAUGAGGAGGAAGACAUUGGAUCAGGCACCAGAGACACGGAAGGACGUUCAGUAG